UACGUACGCCACUAUUGGGCGUGGUCUGUAUACAUGGAGUUUGUUGACGUAUAGCCAUCAUCUCUGGCUACAUGUAACUGUUUGUUUCUUCAUGAAUUUGAUACAUUUUCAAAAUCAUUGUAUUUCUAUCCUGACUAUAUUGUGUUGUUGGUCUUUACAGACGCUUGCUCAUUCGAAAUUCGAUCGCGAUUGGUUGAAAAACCUUCACUCCACGUCGCAGGAUGCGGGAAAACAACCUCGAGCGGCGAUCAUCCCUCGUCAUGCGCCGAAACAUCCCGGUGGUAAAGUCAUAAAUAGCGGCACAAUUUUCCGGGCGAUUUGGAAUCUGCACAACCCUUGCGGAGACCAUUUCGGUAUAGAAUUGCCAUUGUCGGAUUACGGGAUUGAAUUUAACAGUAAUCACCGAGAGUUUGGAAAUGUGAUCAAUUUGUUCCAUAGAAAUCAGAUAGGACUGUUUCCACGUUACGAAUAUGAUCCUGGGCCUAGCAAUGAAACACAACUACCGGUACUAGUUCCAGUUAAUGGAGGAAUACCACAGCUAGCAAACAUAACCCAACAUCUCGAGAAGGCUGCAGAGGACAUUAUGAGUACCAUUCCAGAUCCAAAGUAUAAUGGUGUCGCCGUCAUUGACUGGGAAGCUUGGCAUCCCCAAUGGAAAGAGAACUUUGACAUGAUGCGCAUCUAUCAGGAAAAGUCGAUCGCGCAUGUGAAAGAGCUGCAUCCUGAAUGGGACACUGCCAUGGUUGAGUCCGUUGCUAUGCUAGAGUGGGAAGAAGGUGCCAAGCUUUUCAUGGAAAGCACUCUGGAGUUGGCAAAGACACUGCGACCAAACACCACCUGGGGUUUCUAUAUAUACCCGCUCUGUCUAAUCCAUGGAGAUACAGCCAAUAUGAGUUGCACAGCUGCAUCAAUGACGAAUAACAACGACAUCAUGUGGCUUUUCAACGGGAGAACCGCACUUUAUCCAUCAAUUUAUCUCAGACCUUUCCAUUUCUAUCAGAAGUUGUAUGUUAGAAGUAAGUUGCAGGAAGCUUUGAGGGUCAGGCAGAGGUCCGAUGAUCCUCAAGGAGUUAUCAUGAGCUACACAAGAUUCAACUACUCUCACACAGGUCUCUUCUAUAGUCUGGAAGAUUUGAACAACACCAUCCUGCAGUCGGCCGAGUUUGGCACUAAUGGCGUCAUACUCUGGGGUAACGCUUCGGAUGUCUCGACUGCACAGGAGUGUACACAGCUGCGGAGCUACAUCAUCAAUGCCUUGGGUCCUACGGUGAUGAUGUCACGGAAUGGGGCGGAGUCUUGCAGCAAGAGGAUAUGCAGUGGAAACGGAAGAUGUGUCGGGGACAUACUAACAUGUAGGAGUGCUGGUAGACCAAGGGACCUGAUGAAAGCGGGUGUAGAUCAAGAUCAUGGAGAGAAUACCUGCUCUUGUAGGUGUUUCAGGGGUUGGAAAGGUUAUACUUGCAGUGUACGUAUGUAAAAACUAUUUGACGUGAUAGGCAGGUAUUUAUUUCCUUCAGGCUUUAGCAAGUAAUUCACUGACACUGUGUUGCACUAAAAUAAACCUGGUAGGUCUUCCAUAAAGCUGUCCCUAAAUUACGAGCAUCUUCACAAAACGACCGGUGAUCCAUUCUGAGUUGCUAAAUUAUAAUCAGUGAAAAUGUGGUGGAUAUCGUUUACCACAAAAAGGCACUUGUAUAGUUGCUCUGACUUAUUAUGAACAGCUUUAUGAAAUACCCACGUGGUGUUGAGAUUGGAUUCAACUCCCUUAAAAUAGCCCGGGCAAUUUUGAAAUUGCAUAGCCAGGGGGGGGGAAGGGCCUAUUAGGCCCCCCCCCUCAGAUCUUGGCCGUUUAUUGACCGAUUGCGACCAAAUUUGGUGUGUGGGUGUGUCAUUAUGUAUUUUACAAGAAUGCGUUGUCAAAUUUGUGAUAUUAUCUUUUUUUUAUUUAUCUAAUUAAUUAUG